AUGGAGUGGAGCACAAAAGUGCUGGCAGUUGCACGGCUCGAAUACGGUGUUGUCAUGCCGGCGGGUCGCCCGCUCUCAAGGCGCUCAGCCGACCAUGAUCUACGGUCUCAGCAGUCGAAGCCGGGCAUCCAAGCGUACAUUAUUACGUAUCGGUGCCGUCGCGAGGAAUACGUCGACGCCCCAACUACGGUCGAGCGGAGACACCACGGCGGG